AUGCAAAUCCCAAGGAAAUUUAUAUUUUUUUUUAAUUUGGUUUUAUUAUUUGUAUUUUUAAAUAUUGAGCGUGUAGAAUUAAAGUUAAAUAAUAUAAUAUACGACAAUAAUAAUAUUAAUAAUUAUAAAUAUUAUGUAAACAAUAACAAUGAUGACAAUAGUCGAGGAAAAGAUUCUGUUGAUAAUAUAGAUAUAAUAAAAAACAUUGAUAUUGAUAAUAAUGAGAAUGAAGAAAUAAAUAGUUUGUAUGAUUCUAAUAAGGAGGAUGAAAAUGCAUCUGACGAAGAUAACGCUCAACAUGAAGAAAAUCUUUAUCACGAAGAAAAGGAUGAUAUUAAUAUUGAAGAAGAUCUUGAUAACGAAGAUAAGAUGUAUUAUGAAGGAAAUCCAAAAAAAGAAGAAGCUGCAUUUGAUGAGGACAGCUCAUCACACGAUAGUGUGAAUUAUGAUGAUAAUUCAAAUGAUGACAAUUCAAAUGAUGACAAUUCAAAUGACAAUUCACAUGAUGAUAACCCAUAUGAGAACUCAAAACACUUUACACAAGCUACCAAUGCUUAUGAAACAAAUGAAAAUAUAGUUGUAGACAAUAAGAAAGAUGACAAUGAAGAAAGAGACGACAGUGAAUAUUAUUUAAAGAGUGAAGAAGGCGAUGUUAUAACUGUUAACAAAAAAGAAGAAGAUGGUAAUUUGAAUAUAAAUGAACAUGUACAGGCAAUGAUCUUUGAGAAUAAUAUAAAGAAAGAAGUUGAAGAAAAAAUGAACAAGGAAAUCGUUUUUGGAAGUGAAGAAGAUAAAGGAGAUGUUUUAAGCACAAGUGAUGACAAUAGUGAUGAUGUUAACCAUAGUGAUGAUGUUAACAAUAGUGAUGAUGUUAACAAUAGUGAUGAUGUUAACAAUAGUGAUGAUGAUGACAACAAUAAUGAUGAUGAUGAUAAUGAUGAUGAUAACAAUAAUGAUGACGAUGAUGAUGACAAUAUUAUUGAUGAUGAUGAUGAUGAUGAAGAUGAAGAUGAUGAUGAUGAUGAAGAUGAAGAUGAAGAAGAAGAUGAAGAAGAGUAUCAUGUGAAUAAAGAAAAUAAUGAGAAAAUAAAUACAAACAAUGAUAUAAUAUUAAUAGGAAAGAAAAAGAUAUCAUCAGAUUCUACACAAGAUGAAUUAUCUAGAAAUAAUGAAAAUGAAUAUUCUAUAUAUAAUAUUGAAGAAGAUGGUAAAGAAAGAAAUGAAGAAUAUUACAAAUAUGAAGAACAGAAUGGUCCAAUGAUAUCUAAUAUAAAUAAUCCAUGGAAUAGUUUAUUUAAUAUAUUUAGAAAGAAUAAUAAUUCUCGAUUUAUAAAUAAUAUAAAUAUGUUUAGAAAAGAGAUACAGAAUGAAUUUUCAUUUAGAAAUGGAUUAUAUUUUAGUCCAACAACAGUAGGUGAUUAUAAUAAAUUAGUAGAUGGAAAGAGAUAUGCAUAUAUAAAAUUACCAGAAAAUACUUUGAUUUUUGUAAUAACAGCUAAUAAAUUUUUUUUUCAAGAUCUUAUAUAUUCAAAUAAUAAAUAUUUGUCUGUAAAAAGAAAAUUUACGUUUGCAAUGAAUUACAUUAUACGUAAUUUGAAGAAGAAGUUUUUUUUUAGAAAUUAUCAAUAUCAAUAUUUGUUUAAAGAUGAUUCAUUUGCAUAUGAUACCACAAGAAGAUUAUUAGAUAUGGAUUUAUUAGGAGAAUUAUCUAGAGUAACUCAGACAAUACAUCUAGGAGAUUUUGAAAAAAGAAAAGUUAGCAUGCAUAAAUUAUAUGGUGGAUGGUUUCAUUUCUUAGGUAUUAUGGUUGUAAAUGGAUAUAAUUGUAAUAUAUAUGAAAAAAAUAGUAAUAUUGAAAAAGUCCAAGUAAUUCCAAAACAUUUGAUACAUGAAUUUAAAGAAUUAGUUAAUAAAAAACAUGAUGAUUAUCAUAGUGGUUAUGUAGUAGGUCUAUGGAGAGAUUUUCCAAGAAAUACAUUUUUACCAUGGAGAUUUUCUGUGGAAUUAUUUUUAUGGGAUCUAUUAAAUGUCUUACCACAUGAAUUACCUCAUCCAGCUAAAUUAAUAAUGACUUAUAAUAAUAAUAUGAAUGCAUUAUAUCAAAAUGGACACAACGAAGAAACAGAAAAGAAUAUGCUUCAAGGUUCUUCUGAUAUGAUUAGAAAUAUUAACAGUAGUGAUAACAUGAACAGUAGUGAUAACAUGAACAGUGGUGAUAACAUGAACAGUGGUAAUAACCUUUUAUAUGCUCAGACCAAACAAAUGAAAGAGAAGAAUUAUUAUAAUGUUUUAUUAAAUGUAUGGCCUGAAAAAAUUAAAAAUAUUGUUAGAAAACAUCCAGGUUUUGAUGUUGCAAUUAUAUCAGAAGAAGAUUAUUUGAAUAACAUAAAUAAUGAUGAUGCUGACUAUUAUUAUUUUAUAGAUAAUAAUAAUAAUGAAAAUAAUAAUAAUAAUAAUAAUAAUGGAUAUAUUUUUUUAAUCUUAUUAAACAAAAACUUCUUUGUUGAUGAUUUUAUGAAAAGUGCCAAUUAUGAAGUAGCCAAAAAAAAUUAUUUCUGUGAUAAAAUUAAAGAAAUUAUGGAAGAUAUAGAAAAAUUAUUAGAUGAGUUGAAACAUAAAUAUUGUCCAAAUGAUGACAACAAUGAUAAUCAUGAUGACAACAACAAUGAUAAUCAUGAUGACAAUAACAAUGAUAAUCAUGAUGACAACAAUAAUAAUGAUGAUAAUAAUAAUAAUUUGCCAGUUGAACGCCCAUAUGCUACCUUUUAUAAUUAUCUUACUGAUAAAUCGAAUUAUAAAAAAUUCAAUCCACACAUUCUUGGAGAAAUCGCUGGUAUUACUAAGCAUCUAAGAUGUGAAGACUUUCCAAAUAUUGCUGACAGAUGUGAUCAUAAUAUUUCAAUCCAUCAUAAAUAUGGAGGCUGGUUUGAAUUUGGUGGCGCCAUACAUCUAAAGAACAUGAAUUAUAUUGAACCUUCAUAUGAACAACAUGAUGAUAUUAUGAAAGAUACAUAUAAAGAAGUUAUUUUAGCUCAAGCUAAUUGUAAAUGUCAAAGUAUUGGUUUAUGGAGAGAUAUCCCAGAAAAAGAUAUGUCAGCUUAUAGAUAUCCUUUGAAUGUUUUUGUUUUAGAAAAUCCGAGAUUUAAUUUAUUAAACUUACAAGAUAUACAUCCAUAUCUAUUAGUUGAUAUAUUAAAUAAAGGAUUAAAUGCUAUGAAAUCAUAUGCAAGCGGAAAAAUGUAUAAUAUUGUAACAUCCAAGGAAGAAGUAGCAAAUGAAAGUGAAGAAGAAGAUCAUGUGGAUAAUAAAAAUAAUGCUGAUCAUGCUUAUUUCAAUGAUUAUCACAGUGAAACGAGUACAGAUCUUCCAGAUGAAGAAGAACAAGGAGGAGAAGAUGAAUAUGAAGAAGAAGAAAAAGAAAAGGAAGAUGAAAAGGAAGAUGAAAAGGAAGAUGAAAAGGAAGAUGAAAAUGAUGAAUAUGAUGAAAAUGAUGAAUAUGAUGAAUAUGACGAAUAUGAUGAAGAAGAAGAAAAAGACGACACCACAACCUUACAAUCAAAAGAUGUUGAUGAUAAUGGUCCUAAUGAUCCAUUUUAUGAUGGAACCUUUAAUGUUUUAAAUAAUUCAAAUGGACAAUCAAAUGAAAAAACAACAACUACACAAUCAAAAGAUGUUGAUGAUAAUGGUCCUAAUGAUCCAUUCUAUGAUGGAACCUAUAAUGUUUUAAAUAAUUCAAAUGGACAAUCAAAUGAAAAAACAACAACUACACAAUCAAAAGAUGUUGAUGAUAAUGGUCCUAAUGAUCCAUUCUAUGAUGGAACCUUUAAUGUUUUAAAUAAUUCAAAUGGACAAUCAAAUGAAAAAACAACAACUACACAAUCAAAAGAUGUUGAUGAUAAUGGUCCUAAUGAUCCAUUCUAUGAUGGAACCUUUAAUGUUUUAAAUAAUUCAAAUGGACAAUCAAAUGAAAAAACAACAACUACACAAUCAAAAGAUGUUGAUGAUAAUGGUCCUAAUGAUCCAUUUUAUGAUGGAACCUUUAAUGUUUUAAAUAAUGAUAAUAAAGAAAAUGAGAAAGGCGCAAAUAUUAUAGCUCAAGGUUUAGGUAGUGAAACACAAGAAUAUAUGAAAGAAGUAGAAAAUUAUGUAGACCAAAAUAAUGACAACAAUAAUAAAAAAAAGAAUUAUGAUGAUAAUGAUGAUGACGAUGAUGAUGAAGAUGAUAAUGAUGGAACUAAUAAUAAUGGUAUUUUAUUAAAGGGAACGUUAUCAGAUAAUCCAACAAGUAAUUUUAGAGAGAAAUUAUUUAUAUUUAUAAUCCUUUGUUUAAUAUCAGUAUGUCUUGCAUUAUUAGUAAGUAUUGCAAUCAAAGUAUAUGCUUCUGUUAUGAAAAAAAAAAUAGGUGAUAAGCAUGAUGUUGUUUUAUCAUUUAAAGAUAGAGAAGACAUUCCUGUUGUUUCUGGAAUACCAGCUCCAUGGUUAAGUUCUUAA